ACCAAAUAAUGAUAAUGAUGAUGAUGCUAAUUCCUGGAUCUUUUCCUCCUGCCCUCAGCAGUAUUUCUGAAGUGCAAACAUGUGUUUAACGGGACUGGAAUGACAGGUACUGGCAAUGGAAAUACAACUUGUAAUAACGCUGUCACAUAUACCUGUUAUUCCAGUGUUCUGCGUGCAAAUAUAGGUAAGAUUUGACUGUCUUUUUGUCUUUUGCUUUUGGAUUUGAUCCAGGUUAAGAUAGGUGGUCUGGUCCAUGGGGUCACGAAGAGUCGAACACGACUAAAUGACUAAACAGCAACAACAACAAGAAGAAGAUAGAUAAACCUGAAGUGCAAAUUUUAAAUACAUGUUUGCCACCCAGCUAUUGUUACUUAGGCGAUUACAGCUUCACUGCAGCAGAUGGUAAAUUCUUUGAGAUGAAGACGCAAUGCUGCAACACUCAACUGUGUAACAAAGAAGUUCUCAGCCUUCCUGAUCGCAACAUGCUGGCUGAAAAUGGUCUGCAGUGCCCAUCCUGCUUCUCCAAAGGAGAGAAAAAGUGUAAAAGUGAGAAGACCGUCAACUGCCUUGAGAAUGAGACCAAAUGUAUUGAUUUUAGAGGAGCUUUUAAUAAAGAUACCUUUUCCCCCUACUAUUUCACUUUCAAAGGUUGUGCAACAGCAAAGCUUUGUGCCGUCCAGAAAAGUGGAAGAAAUUUAAUUGGAACUGGGAGAUUUGUUCUUACAGUUUCAGAAGAAAGAUGUUAUAAUGCUUCACGAAUCUCACAAGAGCCUGAACAGGAAGGGUAAAUGGGACAGUGUAGACCUCCUCCUUGUGUAUUCUAAAAUCCAUGGCAAUGAGGGGGAAUUGGAGGCUUUGUGGUGAAAUCCAGGACUCAGGAUAUCUGUUUCUUGCUUGCUUGCUUUUGGUGGAGGUAAGGGCUGGACCAUAAAGAAGGCUGAUCGCCGAAGAAUUGAUGCUUUUGAAUUGUGGUGCUGGAGGAGACUCUUGAGAGUCCCAUGGACUGCAAGAAGAUCAAACCUAUCAAUUCUGAAGGAAAUCAGCCCUGAGUGCUCACUGGAAGGACAGAUCGUGAAGCUGAGGCUCCAAUACUUUGGCCACAUCAUGAGAAGAGAAGACUCCCUGGAAAAAGACCCUGAUGUUGGGAAAGAUUGAGGGCACUAGGAGAAGGGGACGACAGGGGACGAGAUGAUUGGACAGUGUUCUCGAAGCUACCAACAUGAGUCUGACCAAACUGCAGGAGGCGGUGCAAGACAGGAGUGCCUGGCGUGCUAUGGUCCAUGGGGUCACGAAGAGUCGGACACGACUAAACGACUAAACAACAACAACAAGGGAAACAAGAGCAGAGAGAAGGGGGUCAGAAUGUGGGGAUUGUGGAUUCCAAAUACAGUCAUACCUCGACAACCGCACACUUCGACUUCCGAAGGUUUUGACUUCUGAAGUCGACAACUCCCGGAAGUCUUCUCUCCGUGCGCGCGCGGUCGGCACAUGCGCAGAAGUGCGAAAUUGUGCUUCGCGCAUGCGCCGAAGCAGCGCUUUGAGAACCAAAAACCUCGACUUACGAAGACGGCUGCGGAACAAGUCGAGGUACCACUGUACAAAGAACUCUGUAGUGCAUCAUUUAAAAAUAGCUAAGUUUUCAUUAUGAUCAUUAUAAUGCAAAAUAAAUGGUUAUGGAAAAUAAAA